GCCAGCCCCCACUCGCCUGAGAAGGAGCUCGAAUCCCCCACUGCCAAGUUUGAGGUGGGUAAAGGAGAGCAGAAGAUCGCGGUGCAUCCCGAACAGCUCAUGGCAUUGACGGGCCAAGUCGAAAAGGCGCCAUCCAAGAAGCCGAAACGCGAGCUCCCGCAGUCCCACGUCCUCAAGCAGGCGGCCAACAAGAUGAAUUUGGACCAGACGUUGCUCGACUCUGCCACCGUGGUUGCGCUGCAAGCAGAGAAGCGGCUCAAACAGGAGCGUAGGAAAGACACCGACGGCUACUCCACUGAGGACCAAGCGAAGCCCGCCAAGUUUCUCACCGACAUGCAGCAGCCCGCGGGCAUCGCUGGCAAGGUCGGCGAGGUGGACGCGACGGCCAUGAGCGAACCGGCGCCGCCCGCCAUGGAGGACGCUGCGAUCGCCAGCGCGAAGGAGGACCAGCAUGAGGAUGGGGCCCAGGACCAGCAG